AUGUCCGAUUUAUUUCCUCGCACUUCUUAUAGCGAGCAGCAUCACUUGCUAGAAGCAAUUAAAAGUGCAUGGUACGAGAUAAAAGAUGUGAAAGCUGUGAUUAUAGGUCAUUUGCAUUUAGACUACGCCGGUGGAUUGGACUAUUUUCGAAACACUGGAAUCCCGAUACAUGUUUAUGAAGAGGAAUUCAAGCAUGCCUACUGGGCAGCGGCAACAAGCUCUAAUGGUAGGCUUUAUUUAGGCCACUACUUGAAGCUCGACGGUACGCUAAACUGGCAGACAUUCAAUAAUGCACAAUUAGAUCUGUGUACAGGAAUUACAUUGCACCACUGCCCCGGACACACCCCAGGGCUGUGCAUUAUGCAGGUCAGUCUUCCGUUUGACGGAACAUUUAUUUGGACGACGGAUCAAUAUCAUGUCCGUGAGAACUUCGAGUUGAAUUGGGCUUAUAGGUGGCUUGUGCGGGAUUAUCGCAGCUGGCUCGAUAGUGGAAAAUUCAUACAGCGACUACAAAAGGCAUUUUCUGCAAAGCUCAUCUUCGGUCAUGACUACAAUAUAGCCAACGAACUGAUCAAGGAGAAGGAAUACUAUCAUUGA